AUGGCCUUGGAUUUCCUCGUCACAUUGAUAGUUGCGGUGGGGAGCUCUAAACCAUCGAAAGUACAAGAACUCGACGAGGUUACUUCUAUUGCACAUGAUGCAUUGAGAUCGACUACUGAGCCAGGGGCGAGGAACACAUUUGUUCGCAUCAUAGGAAAGAUUCAGUCUGCUCUUAGAAGGAUACGUCAUGCGAAUUGUAAUGGGCGUAAGGAACGACUCAUAGGGUACGGGCGUCGAUGGAACAAAACAAGGCAAGAAUCUUCAUUCUUCACCCAUUCAGAAAUCAAGAAUCUCUCACUUCUUCAUCCAAAAAUUCCAUGGCUUCCUCUUCUUCAGAGAAAAAACACCCUUCUCCUUCAUUCCACUCCCCCGGCGGUCACUUUGUGCAAUCUCUCGCCGCCAACAUNCUUCUCCCAUCUCCCCUUCUCUCCUCCGCGUGCCACUUCAUCUCCUCCUCCGCCGCCACAGCCGGCGGUGACCGUACCCUUCUUCCUCCCUCUCCCUUCUCCUUCUACUUCCUUCUAUAAUAACAGAGAGGAGCCCUCUGCCUCGGCCUCGGCAGCGUCGUCGCCGGCGAUUAGGAGCUUGGCGACGAGCGUGAGGAUGGAGGGGUUGAGCUCCAGGUCCAAGGGCGGCGGCGGCGUCGAGCCGGCGUUUGUAGGGCAGGUGUUCAGCAUGCUGGAUCCCUCGGGAAAUGGGCUCAUGACGGUUACCUCCCAUUUUGAGAUCCCUUUUCUCUCAAAAAGAACUCCUGAGUGGAUCAAAAAAAUGCUUUCAAAAGUAACUAAGAAGGAGCAGCGUGGCCCUGUUUUUCGCUUUUUCAUGGAUUUAAGUGAUGCUGUUGCAUAUGUCAAGAGGCUGAAUGUUCCAACUGGUAUGGUGGGUGCUUGCCGCCUUGAUGUAGCAUAUCGACAUUUCAAGGAGGAGCCUCAUAUGUUUCAGUUUGUUCCAAACGAGAAACAGGUUAAGGAAGCUAAUAGACUUCUAAAGGAAAUCCCAACAAAGGGCCGAAGAAGAAAGGUUGAAGGAGUUCCUGUUUUUACGGCGCAAAAUCUAAAUAUUGCUAUAGCAACAAAUGAUGGGAUUAAGUGGUACACACCUUAUUUUUUUGAUAAAAACUUGUUAGACAAUAUCCUUGAAGCUUCAGUAGAUCAGCAUUUCCAUUCAUUAAUUCAAACUCGGCACUCACGACGGAGGCGAGAUGUGAUUGAUGACAGCCUAACUGCAGAAGUGGUUGAAGAAAAUUUGGAUAGCUUGUUUGAGCCUGAUGAGGUUCAAGAAGUGCUGGAUGAACUGGGUCAUACUGGAAUACCAUUGAGUGUCAUAUCAAAGGCGGCUGAGAUUCAGCUCCUUGAUGUUGCAGAUAAAGUGCUUUUAGGAAACAGAUGGUUGAGGAAAGCCACUGGUAUUCAACCAAAAUUUCCUUAUCUGGUUGAUUCGUUUGAGAACAGGAGUACAGCUGCUUUUUCCAAGGCUGCUGAUUUAGCUAGCUCUCGCACAAACUCUGAAGAUGCCAGAAAUAUCGCGCCUGAACUGCCACAUAAUAUUCCAGAGCUUAGCUUAAAUGAGAGUGCUCAAGCAGAACAUGGCCAGUCAAUAAAUCAUGCUCCUUUCCCAUUUCCGUUUGGGGACUGGUUAUCAAAUCCAUGGUCAAAAUCACAUGAGAAAUCAAGCACAAGAAGCUCUAGUGAAGAUAGAGAUAUCACCAAUGAAUUGCCCACUAAUCCUCUGCUCCCGAAGAUAACAAUGGUAGGCAUAUCAAUGAGUGAGUCUGGACAAGUGAGCAAAGCUAACUUAAAGAAAACGAUGGAGGAUUUAACAAAUGAAUUAGAACAAUCAAGUCAGAGACCGAUGAAAUCAAAUGAAGAGAUUGAUCCUCUAUUUGUAGCAAACGUGGGGGAUUACUCCAGUAUAACAAGGAUGACUACUUCGUGAGAGACUGAAGAAAACCGAAAAAUAGCUAGAAAAUUUAGACUCCAGGUUAAUACUGGGACCUUGAAAUCCUGCAGCUCUUCCAAUUGCCAUAAACUUGGAGUUUUGAAAUACUGGAAGUUAAAAUUCAGUUUGAGGGUAUGAAAAUCAUGUAUAAUUACUUAAACGUUGAGUUGACAUGCAAGCUUUGAUUGUAAUUUUUUAGUUUAGCAAGUCAAAAGGGUGUUGCUGUGUGAGUGUUUAUAACAAGUGUAUUAGAUUAAGCAAUGUUGUAAUUCACUGAGCAAUUAUUCUUGUUUUUCCAAUAAUAAUUGAAAUAAUGGAAGUUACAUGAA